ACCGUCGGUUAAGAAAGAAGAUCCACACCAAAAAUUGCAGCUGAAACUUCUAGCAGAAAAGUCAGCGCAAACUAGUACAUCUACAGCUACUGAAGCUUCACAAACUUUACCAGCCUUAGCUGAGAAAAUAUCAGCGCGUUUUCCCACAUUUAGCACGAUAAGCCUACACACAAAUCAUAUAUCCACUUCUUAUAAGCUAUUAAGUCAGCUUAACUUAAUUAUAAUUACUUGCGCCUAAAUAGUGUUUGGUUUUCAAAGCGCAGAACAAAGAGAACAACAACGGUUGUAACAGUUUAGCAAUUUAACAUUUAAAAAGCAGUCAAGACCAGCGCUACUGCUCUUAGCGCUGGCUUAGAACACACAAAUCCUAAGCUGAAGAGCAAAUAGUUUAUUAAACGCUAAGAGCGCCAGCGCGAGCGUUGCUUUGCUAGCGCCGGACCAGCGUUUACGCGAACGCUUUUCAGCGCUGCUCACUUGUUAGCGACCGCUUUGCGGCUAUGCACACAGCCAGCGUAUGUUUCCAGCCAACGCUCUUCAAGCGCACGAAAUAUAAUGUAACUGAGUAGACUCUUGGUGCUGCCGCUAGACAUCUAGUGUGUCUUUGCUAUUUGCUUUUGUUUCCAAAGUUUUGCCUGUUCUCAGCACCGGCCGCGGGCACAGGUUGCUUUGUUUAGAAGUUAUUUUCUUUUUAUUGUUAUUUUUUUUACCGCUUGGUUGUAAAGCAAACCGCUAUGAGCUGAGCUGAGAUUUGUUAAGCGAUAAUGAAACAAAUAAAAUGUGCGCUAAGCGCAGCGCAUUAGAUUUUUCGUUUGGUUUCCAAGAGCCGAUGUAUUGACCACUAAGCGUGCGCGGCGCUGUUCAGCUCUCUACCGGAGCGCUAGAGCCAGUCGGAGCGCACGGCGCACAGCUAAGCCGCCUAUUGAGCUGGAACAUUAGCUCGUAACUAUGCGAUACUCUAAUAGCCAUGUCUCUAAUAGCUAUGUACACCGUUUGAACUAUGGCUGACCGCUGCACUGCUUCUGAACUGGCUGUAGCGUGCUGCGCCGCAGCCGCUUGUAGCGCUUGGCCAGCGCUACAUUUAUGGCCUGCUGUAGCUAUUAUUGCUGCUGUUGCCAGUAUUGUUGCUGGCGUUGCUGCUGCAGCGACUGCUGCUGGCGGCCAACAACUUCUUGGACAUGAUUUGUGAUUUAGUUCAGUUUCGAGUGUGGCGCGUUUCGUGCACGCCAACCGCUACAUUUUUUGUGUCGGUCGAAUACCGCUUUGUUUUUUGUGUUUCAUCUAUGAUUUUUUCGUCAUUCGCCGCUGUAUCUGUAGCUUUGGCAUUGUGAACUUUUUCGUCUCAUUUGCGUUGUUUCGGAAGUACGCCGGUCGCACCUUUUACAGCGCACAAGCGAUUUGUUUUCCGUCGGCGAAGUUGUGAUUUCCGUUUGAGUGACAGUCGAAAUCGCUAAAGCCGGUCAGAAUUGAAAAUCAAUAUAAAUCAAAGUGAAAUAUUUCGGAAUUUCUGAAUUUCCGCUGCAAACUAGGUGUGUAAAGCGUUUAUGUCGGCGUUUUCAGCGGUAAAAAAGUUAGCCGAAAAUAAAUUGAUGCGAAAAAUUAAAUAAACAAAAUUAUGUGGCAGCAAACAUAAACAAAAGCAAAGCAACUCAAAUUCAGCUCUAACUUUAGUAGACGCUGCAUGCAACAUUACACGCCGACAAAGCACCCAAAACAAAUUGCAGUGCGCCAGCAGAAUUUCGUGAUGCCAUCUUAGCCAUGUGCCUUAAUCACCACUAAAACCGAACUAUCACAGAAGACGCGUUAAAACACCAAUAAAAAUUAAAACUUAAAAGCUUUCGAGUUAUUUUAUAUUUAAGUACAAUAUGCGCAGCGGUGCAACGGACAACAACAACAAUACGUGAGUUAUCAAAAGUAGAGCAACUAUGCGGGACACCUGAUGCGGGAGACCGAUGCAAGCAAUUGAUUUGUGGCGUGAAGCGGUUAGUAGCUAGCAGCAGCAACAGCAACAAACACAAAGAGGAACCUAAAUAAUUUACAACAACUACUACGAAUUUCACCACACUUUCAACAACAACAACAACGAAACGCAUCACUAACUAACUAAGUUGAACACAAAACACCGCACACUUCGCAACGCCGGCACUGCAGCGUCUACGCGCCUGCGCAGCGCCACGUCAAGCGCUAAAUGAUUGGCACGGAUGAGAUGUCAUCCACUGGCAUGGAUAUAAGUGAAACAUUUCGCGCGGAGGAGCUGACUAAAACGGAUUUUUUCGAUUUCGUCUCGGCGCCCGAUAUGGGCAUUGGUAUCGGUGUCGGCGCAGAUGUGGUCGACAUCGGUAUGGGUGUGGGCAGUCUGCAUGCGGGCAGCGUAAACACCGGCACACACCAGCACCAUCAGCAGCACCAGCAACAACAGCAUACGCAUCAUCAGCAGCACAGUCACCAGCAGCAGCAACAACAGCAACAGCAGCAGCAUGCGCACCAUCAACAACAGCAACAACAACACAGUCAUGAGCAAAGCAAUAACUUAGCCGGCAGCAUGCCACACGAUGGUGGCGGUGGCACCAGCGGUGGGAGUGCUUGUGUUGGCGGACGUGUUGGCACGCCGGGUAACGGCAGCAGUUGCAUAGAUGGCUCAGAUGGUAACAGUAAUGGCAACAGCAGUGAUCCCACAUUGCAGGGCUAUGAGUUCUGGCACGCCGACAAGGAUCCCACUAGUCGUCUGGAUGCCACCAUUUUUGAGGACCUCGACCGCUAUUGUUGGCAACAACAGGCUGUUGUGAACGCCGCGGCAUCGCCUGUGCCCACAACGGCCGCCACACACCAGCAUCGCGCCACACCCGCUAACAGCUUACAGCAUUCCUCGCAUCUGCAUAGCCCAGCAUCGCCAAAUCAAACGCAUCCGCAUCAACAACAACAACAUCUACAUCAUCAGUCACCGCAUCAACAUAUGCACACACAGCAGCAGCAGCAACAACAACAACACCAACAGUCAGCCGCCAUCCAUCACACGCAACGACAAAUGUCGCUCAACAAUAGCAGUUCCUGUGCACAACAAAGCGCCACACAAGUUGCCAACAACAAUGCAACAAACAAUAAUACUUCACUUAGCCACAACCACAGCAACAACAACAAUAAUAAUAGUAAUAAUACCAGCAACAAUAACGGCAAUGCCAGUAUGACGGUGGAUAACAGCGACGGCCAGAUCUACACAAUCACAGUAUUAAAUGGCAAUGAGUCAUGGCUGAAGCGUGAACCCGAGGAUGCCGCUGCCCAACUGUCCAACACGCUGGAUCUGGACAGCUUGCUCGGUAGCUUUCCGGGUUAUAUCAAAUCCGAGUAUCCCUAUGAUGAGAGUCCGGCUGGUUAUGGCACGGCGGAGGGCAGCGGCAGGGAUGGCAAUAUGACUGGUGAUAUGGUGAAUGGGCUGGGGAUGGGCGCGAAUGCGGCCACAGGACUGCAUGGUGGCAAUAGUGGGAGUGGUGUGAAUAGUCAGCGUUUGCCCUCACUGGUAACGGCCAUCUCGUUGGCAGGCGGUGUUGGUGGCAUGGGCGGUGUCGGCAGUCCUUCGCAGUUGGCACAAUUUCAAAACAACAACAACGACUGGCAUAUGGCGGAUCACAAUGCAGAGCAGAACUCAGCUGAGUCCUUGCUGCGUAGCGCUUUGCAGGGUAAAGGUUAUUCCAAAGGCAUACACAUGCAAAACGGCAUUUCAUUGCUGCCCUCCUCACCCACAGUCAAGGAAGAGGAAAUGCGAAGGCUACUCUUUCCACCAGAUACGGACACACUCUCUUUCGGCGACUCAGCGCUCAGCGCGGCCCAAAUGUUUGAGGACACACAUCCCUCGCAGCUGGUUGGCAGCCAACAUCCCAAUGGCGGUGUCAACAGUGCAGGCGUGUCUAGCCUCAUGGUCGACGAUAUGUUCCUAUCACUAGAAAGUGCCUUCAGCGACGACUUCGAGAAGAUCAAACGCAUUGCCAAUGAAGUGCAGCAAUUCUGUUCGCCCACUUCGAGCGCCGAUUAUGGCGCCAGCGACGUGUUGAUGCAAAUAUCGCCAGCAGCUGGCGCAAAUGUGGGCGCUGCGAGUGUGCAGCAGCUGCAGCAGCAGCAACAACAGCAACUACUGUCACCGGCAACAACGCCGACGAGUAUGCCACAACAACAGCAACUAUCGCCAUUGCCACAAGCGGCUAUGCCAGCGCUGCACAUGACGGGUCCGCAGUCGGUUGGGCAGCCAGCACCGCGCGUGUUGCAUGCACAACAACAGCACGUAGCUGGUGGCAAGGCAAGCGCGGUUAGCAGCAGCAGCGGCACCAGCAGCGGCAGCACUACCAAAGUGACAAAGAAGUACAAGCGCUCCACAUCCAGCACGCAACACCAUAAUAAUAACAACAACAACAAUCCAAAUAUAACCAAUCACAACAGCAGCACGGGCAACGGCGGCAGUGCACAGUCAGCUAGCGGCGCCACAGCAAAUAGCGCAAAUGGCCCAACCAGCGGCGGCAGCAGCUCGAGCACCAGCAGCAACAGCCCCACGCACUGCAAUGGUCAGCGCAAGGAGCGUUCACUGCACUACUGCUCCAUUUGCUCGAAGGGCUUCAAGGACAAGUACUCAGUGAAUGUGCACAUACGCACACACACCGGCGAGAAGCCCUUCACCUGCUCGCUGUGUGGCAAAAGCUUCCGGCAGAAGGCGCACCUGGCCAAACAUUACCAGACGCAUAUGGCGCAGAAGCAUAACGGUGGUUUGGUGAAGAGCAGUGGUGGCAGCGGCGGCGGUGGUGGCGGUAGCAACUCCAGCAAGCAUCAGCGUGCGGCAGCGGCAGCAGCGGCGGCAACAGCAGCAGCGGUAGCAGCUGCCGCUUCAGCGCAAUCAGCGACUGGUGGCAUGUCCAUCGUACCCAAUAGUUGCGCAGGCAGUGUAGUAGCGGCGGCUGUACAUCAACGGCAACUGAAUGUGGCCACAUCGCUGGGUAUGGCCGCGGGUGUGCGUGCGGUAGCCGGCGGUGUGGUGUCCACUGUCUCGGUGGGUGGACCAAUGAACGGACCCACGCUGGGCGCUGUGAAUGCAAACGUGCUGCCACCAGCGAAUGGCCUCUUGGCGAAUCGGUAAAAUUAUGUACUUAUGUAUAUGUAACGCUUUAGA